AUGCGCAAAUAUGACAGAAAUGGAAGCUCCGAGGCCUUCCAAGAGCUCGAGGCUGGAGGAGAAGAACCCAACGGCGGGGGAUGACAGCACGACAGAGGACGGCGCAAAAAGCGUUCGCAGAAAGACCGGGGCGGCACCAGAGAGCCUGGGGGAGGAGGGAGACGGUGGGGAAGGCUCGGGGGAGGAAGAUGAAGAGGACGAGGGAGUGAGAGAGCAGAUGAACGAGUUCUUCUCAGAGCUAGACGUGGACCUUACGCGCCAGAAACGGAACCUCAUGACGGAGGGAAUCCGCGUUCCGAGACGAAGGAGUGCCUUGCCAGCUCACCUCCGCUCAGUGAUGGGUUCGGCAAACCUGCGACUGGCCAGGGGAGACUCAGCUGGGGCCAUUGAACUCUGCCUGGAGGUCAUCCGACAAGCCCCUCACUCCCCAGAGCCCUACCUCACUCUCUCCACCGUCUAUGAGGAGACUGGAGACACACAGAAAUUACUGCAGAUUUUGGUUAUAUCUGCUCACUUGAAGAGAUCGGAUGUGGAGUUGUGGGCGAAGGCUGGCCAGUUGGCCGUGGAACUUAGUAAUCUCUCUCUGGCCUCCCGAUGCUACCAGCAAGCGUGUAAGUUGGAGCCUGGAAACCUGCCGUUCAUUUGGAGGAAGGCCUCGGUGUACCAGUUGUCGGGGGAGACCGGGAAGGCAGUGACCACUUACAAACAGCUGCUACAGAUGUUGUCUCCUGGCAACAGCCGUGACAUACUGGAAGUUUCCAAGGAGAUGGCACAAUGA